AUGUCUUCUCUAUUCUCUUUCUCUCUUUUUCUUUUUAUCACUUUCACAUUCACCUCCGCCGCUCACCACCACCACCACCACUCACCCACUCCCACCACCGCGCCUUCUCUCUCUCCCUCCGCCGUCCCAGACAUCCAACAAGCCUGCAAAGCCACUCGCUUCCCUCCACAAUGCGAAUCCUCUCUCUCUAAACUCCCUCCAAAUUCCACAACUCUCCAACUCCUCCUAUUUUCCAUCGCACAAUCCUCCGAGAAUCUCGUAACAGCCAAAUCCAUGGUUAAAUCCAUUCUAGACUCUUCCAAAGACAGCCGCAACCGCACCGUCGCGGCAACCACCUGCAUCGAAACUCUCACCAACUCUCAACACCGCAUUUCCCUCUCCAACGACGCGCUUCCGCGUGGAAAAGUCAAAGACGCUAGGGCGUGGCUCGGCGCGGCGCUCGCUUAUCAAUACGACUGCUGGAGCGGACUCAAAUACGCUAACGACACCCGCGCCGUCGGUGAAGCGAUGUCGUUUAUUGAUUCCUUAACAAUGCUCUCCAGUAACGCUCUUGCCAUGGCGUUUUCCUACGACGUUUACGGUAACGACACUUCGUCGUGGAAGCCUCCAACCACCGAACGCGACGGGUUCUGGCAAGCGGCACAAUCAGACGGAGGAUCCGGCUCUAACAUAGGGAUUCCACCGGGAUUGAAGCCGGAUGUUACGGUGUGUAAGGGAGGGGAGAAUGGAUGUUACAAGACGGUGCAAGAAGCGGUUAACGCAGCGCCGAGUAACUCCGUUGACGGGAAGAGGUUUGUGAUAUUUAUAAAAGAAGGGGUUUAUGAAGAAACCGUUAGGGUUCCGUUAGAGAAGACGAAUUUGGUGUUCUUGGGCGACGGCAUUGGGAAGACUGUCAUCACCGGGUCUGCUAACGCUGACCAGCCCGGAAUGACUACUUACAAUUCAGCCACAGUCGCGGUUCUUGGCGAUGGAUUCAUGGCAAAGGAUUUGACAUUUCAAAACACAGCAGGUCCUGAUGCACAUCAAGCAGUGGCAUUAAGAUUAGACAGUGAUCUUUCUGUGAUUGAGAAUUGCGAGUUCAUAGGAAAUCAAGACACUCUUUAUGCUCAUUCCCUGCGCCAAUUCUACAAAUCAUGCCGCAUUAUAGGGAACGUGGAUUUCAUCUUUGGAAAUUCAGCUGCAAUUUUUCAAGACUGUCAAAUUCUGGUUCGUCCUAGACAAGUCAAGCCAGAGAAAGGCGAGAACAAUGCAAUCACAGCUCAUGGUAGAACCGACCCUUCACAAACUACAGGGUUUGUUUUUCAGAACUGUUUGAUUAAUGGAACUGAGGAUUACAUGGCAUUGUAUCAUAGUAAUCCUAAAGUGCAUAAGAACUAUUUGGGUAGGCCAUGGAAGGAGUAUUCCAGAACAGUUUUUAUCAACUCAGUUUUGGAAGAACUUGUUACUCCUGGGGGUUGGAUGCCAUGGAAUGGUGAGUUUGCACUUAAGACUCUUUAUUACGGAGAGUUUGAGAAUAAGGGAAGUGGUUCUGAUUUGUCUCAAAGGGUGUCUUGGAGUAGUAAAGUCCCUGCUGAACAUGUGUCGAGUUAUUCGGUUGAGAAUUUCAUUCAAGGAAGUGAAUGGGUUUCAUCAUCUCAGUUAUCAGCGCAGGGUCGUAGUAGUCCUCACAUGACUAAUAGGGUGGCAUAA